AUGACUGGCAGCAGUGGAGAUUCCGAUAAUAUUCCGGCGGCGAAGCCCGAGCACCCGCCGGUGUUGAAGAAAUCCAAAAUUACGGUUCCGGAUGACGCGCGUACACCACACUUCCCUGGUCCACUCUUCCCCGCCGUCCGCCGUCCUUCCUCGAGCUCUUCUUCUUCUUCCUCUUCCUCCUCCGCUGCUUCCACUACCGUUUCAACCACCACCAGCUCGGCCUCCACCAGCAGCGAUGCCUUUAGUUUCAAUUUCUCGGAUAGGGACUAUGUUUUCCCUUCCAAUCUCGGACCUUACUCCACUCGACGAAGUGUUACUGUCAAGUCAUCUUCUUCGAAAUCGCCGAAUUUGGCUUCUCAAUCGCCAAUGCGCAGCACCUCGAUGCCUUCGAUUUUAAGUGCUGGUGGAAAUCGUGCUUCCGCAGUGGACUCGCUGCGCAGGGCUGAUGUUCCCAGAAGUAAGACGAAGCUCAAAGUUGAUAAAGAUUUGAAGCCGUUGUCAAUUCAAUCCUCAGUUGCAGCUUCUCCUUUAACUGCCUCCUCGUUGUGUUCUAGACAGAAUUCAGCUAAUUCUUGUAGUUCUCGGAAAAUUUCCAGAUUUAGAAUUUCUUGGAUUCUAAAUUUGCUUUGCUUAUUUUCUGUUGCUUAUGCCAUUCAUGUGCGAAAUGAAGUUAAAAGGCUUCAGGAAGAGAAUUUUAACCUUCAUACAUUAUGCAGUCAAAAAGAUGGUGUUAAUGAGAGUAGCUAUGAAGUUUUGAAGCUUGAAAAUGGGACAUCAUUUUUGUAUUUUGGGAAUGCUGACAGUAGAGCAGUUGCUCUGUGUACAGUUAUUUUCAUUCUCAUUACACCGUUUAUGAUGUACGAAUAUUUGGACUAUCUUCCAAGGAUUAAAAAUUUCUCAAAGAGGACAAAAGAUAACAAAGAGGAGGUUCCACUGAAGAAGAGAAUUGCUUAUAUCGUGGAUGUAUGUUUCUCUGUUUAUCCAUAUGCAAAGCUGCUUGCACUUCUCUUUGCCACACUAUUUCUUAUUGGAUUUGGAGGCUUGGCAUUAUAUGCUGUAAGUGAUGGCUGCUUUACGGAAGCUCUUUGGCUUGCCUGGACCUUUGUGGCGGACUCUGGAAAUCAUGCAGAUCGGGUCGGUACUGGGCCAAGGAUUGUUUCGGUUUCUAUUAGUUCUGGAGGCAUGCUUAUAUUUGCAAUGAUGCUAGGGCUUGUUUCAGAUGCUAUUUCGGAGAAGGUGGACUCACUACGGAAAGGAAAGAGUGAGGUUAUUGAAAGUAACCAUAUUCUCAUUCUUGGAUGGAGUGACAAACUGGGUUCACUUCUGAAGCAACUAGCAAUAGCAAAUAAGAGCAUUGGUGGUGGUGUUGUUGUUGUACUUGCAGAAAGAGACAAGGAGGAAAUGGAGUUGGAAAUAGCAAAACUUGAAUUUGACUUCAUGGGAACAUCUGUAAUCUGCAGAAGUGGCAGCCCUCUUAUACUUGCUGAUUUGAAAAAGGUUUCAGUCUCCAAAGCACGAGCUAUAAUUGUAUUAGCAUCUGAUGAGAAUGCUGAUCAGAGUGAUGCACGAGCUUUGAGGGUUGUGCUUAGUCUCAUUGGAGUAAAAGAGGGGUUGAGGGGCCACGUUGUUGUGGAAAUGAGUGAUCUUGACAAUGAGCCCUUGGUGAAGCUUGUUGGAGGAGAACUUAUAGAAACGGUUGUUGCCCAUGACGUCAUCGGACGACUGAUGAUACAAUGUGCUCUGCAGCCUGGCCUUGCCCAGAUAUGGGAAGAUAUUUUGGGUUUCGAAAAUGCUGAGUUUUAUAUUAAAAGAUGGCCUCAACUAGACGAUCUUCGUUUUAAACAAGUGCUUAUUUCCUUUCCUGAUGCAAUUCCUUGCGGAGUUAAGGUCGCUGCAGAUGGUGGAAGGAUAAAAAUAAACCCAGAUGAUAAUUAUGUCCUAAGAGAAGGCGAUGAAAUCCUCGUCAUAGCUGAGGAUGAUGACACAUAUGCCCCGGGCCCCUUGCCGGAGGUGCGAAUGGGCCUAUUUCCUAGAAUACGCGAUCCUCCAAAAUAUCCUGAAAAGAUUUUAUUUUGUGGUUGGAGGCGUGACAUUGAUGACAUGAUUAUGGUGCUAGAGGCAUUUUUGGCUCCAGGAUCGCAAUUGUGGAUGUUUAAUGAGGUUCCUGAAAAAGAUCGAGAAAAGAAGUUGAAAGAUGGUGGCCUUGAUAUUUCAGGAUUAAUAAAUAUAAAACUAAUCCAUCAUGAAGGGAACGCCGUCAUCAGACGUCAUUUAGAGAGUCUUCCUUUAGAGACAUUUGAUUCUCUGUGGCUAUUACUAACUCUAAGAGAACAGAUUCUAAUUCUUGCAGAUGAAUCUAUGGAAGACUCCAUUGUUCAUUCCGAUUCACGGUCUCUUGCCACCCUCCUCCUCAUCCGUGAUAUACAGUCAAAACGUCUACCAAAUAAAGCCACAAGUACCCUUCCUUUUCGGCUUUCUGGGUUCUCCCAAAGUUCAUGGAUACAUGAAUUGCAACAAGCUUCAAACAAAUCAAUAAUUAUAAGUGAAAUAUUGGAUUCUAGGACGAGAAACUUGGUAUCAGUGUCAAGAAUUAGUGAUUAUGUACUAUCAAAUGAGCUGGUGAGCAUGGCGCUAGCUAUGGUAGCAGAAGACAAACAAAUAAACCGCGUACUUGAAGAACUAUUUGCUGAAGAGGGAAAUGAAAUGUGCAUUAAGCCAGCAGAAUUCUAUCUUUAUGACAAGGAAGAACUCUGUUUCUAUGAUAUAAUGAUCAGGGGUCGUCAACGGCAGGAAAUUGUGAUUGGAUAUCGGCUUGAAACAGCAGAGCGUGCAGUAAUUAAUCCUGUGGACAAGUCAAAACCGCGAAAAUGGUCCCUUAAUGAUGUUUUCGUUGUCAUUUCAUCUGAUGAAUGA